AUGGGGACCAGUCAGUCAGCACAGCAGGCUGCCCCAUUGCCAGGCGAGGGCAGGUCUGGCCCUGAGGCCCUCAGCCUUGUGGUGGGGUUCCUGCCCAGCACAGGCUCUGGAAGGCCACUGGCAAUUGGCCAGGCCACCCAGUCCCUGCCAGACGUAGGACAGGCUGUGACUGCUACCAGAGUCGCGGUGCAGGCCCUGCCCUGGGGCGGCUGUCUGGCAGGGAUCCUGGUUCAGGGCUGUCCAGGGUAUGGUGAGGUGGGGUACGGACUGCUGGCCCUCCUGUCACCCGUCCUGCAGUUCCAGGGGCAGUGGUUUGUCCUUGGUCUGGCAAGUAACACCUACAGGAGAGAAGACCGGGCUUUGCUGAAUACCUUCUCCAYGACAUUUGGGCUCAACCAAAAGGGCCACUUUGAGGUCUCCAACACCAUGACCCGGGGCAAGCGCUGCAACACUUGGUCUUACGUGCUGAUCCCAGCAGCCCAGCCUGGGCACUUCACCGUGGACACCAAGGCCGAGGCUGACCCAGGUGGGAGGGCGGGGACCGGCACUUUCAGUGAAGACGUCCAGGUGGUCGAUGGCGACUACACGGUCUUUGCCCUUCUGCUGUCCAUCAGACGGAUGGGCAGCCAGACCACAAUCAGGAUCAGUCUGCUGGGCAGACACUGGAAUCUGCCCCGCUGGACACUGGACAGAUUCACCUGCCUGGUCAAAGCUCAGGGUCUCACCAAGGACAACAUCGUCUUCCCAACUGCCAUCGGUAACUCGUUCACAGGCAGUGGACAGUGGGAAAUGGAGAGCAGGCAGGCUGGGCAGGGCCUUCCAGAAGACCCCAGGCUGAUAUCCCCAGCCCCUACCCCAGAGCAGGCUGGCUCCACUGUUUCUCCACGGCGGUUGGAGAUCAGCUUCUCGACUCCAGCUUUGGAGACAGAACAUUCAGUGGGCCUGGAGUUGGGGGUCAACAACACCCAGUGA